AGUUCAUACACACAUUUGAAGACCGAUUAAGAUGAGGCCUGGUGCAAAGUUAUAUGAGUUUCAUGAACCGAAGAAGGUGAUCAAUGGUCCACGUCCUUCUCCUUUGAUGAUCAACAAAGAUUCUCACAGGAUUCGCAAGCCUUCAACAUGUGUUGAUGCAGACACCAAACUGAACAAACCACAGAGGAUUAAUCCCAUCAUCAUAUACACACAUUCACCCAAGAUUAUCCACACCAAGGCUAAAGAUUUCAUGGCUCUUGUUCAAAGACUCACGGGUAGGUCAAGCACCAACGAUGACGUGUCCACUACCUCACUGCCACAAGAAGCUUCAGAGAAUUUUGGAUCAUCUCUGUCUGAUGGAUCCAACAACAAUAGUAAUAAUGAAACUAGCUCAGCUCUUAGGAGGGGUGAAUAUGAUAGCACAAAUGUUCAACGUAGUCCCUCUCAUCUCGAUUUUGUUGAUAUGCCACUUUUCACUCCAAAUUCCUCAGAUUUCUUUUGUUCAUCUCGUUCGAUGUUUAAAUAUUCUGAUUCCCCAUAUGGGGUUCUGGGAAGUUUGAUAUCCCCUUCCGCGUUGGAAUUCAUCAAAGAACUGCCCGAAUAUUGACAUCAAUUCAUCUGCCUGCAGUCUGCACGCUUUGUUCAUAUUUGUUCAACUUGAUUUUGUUCAAUAAUAGUUCACUUUCUUUGAUGUAAUAGGUUGGUCUCUUUAACUUUUUUUUUUUCUUCUUCUUCGGAUGUCUUUGUAAAUUUUGUUGUAUUAGUGGUACGGAGCUGAUCAACUAUGACACUGGCUACGAUUAAUGUGAAUAGUAAGGAGAUUUAAUUCAUUCAUUCUUUCUGGACAUAAUAAGUUCAUCUGUUUGA